AGGAAAUCUGUGAAAUUUUAACUAGGAAUAAAUUUUCAUUAAUUAUUGAUGAAUCCACAGACCGUUCAUGCACAAAACAUUUGUGUCUUGUUUGUAGAUACCGUCAUAAUAAUACAAUCCAAGACAGUUUCCUUGCAUUACUGCCAAUCAAAGAAGCUAGAGCUGAAGAUCUGUAUAAAGAAAUUACCAACUUUUUUAGCCUGAAGAAAAUACCGUAUCAACGAAAUCUAAUUGAAUUCGCAUCUGAUGGGGCAAACGUUAUGGUUGGAAAACACAAUUCAGUAGUAUCUAGGUUAAACGUAGAUAUACCAAAUGUUUAUGUUGUUAAGUGUAUUUGUCACAGCUUUCAUCUAUGUGCGUCAUAUGCUUGUUUUAAAUCACCUA